AUGUCUUCAACCAACCAGCACGGACAGGGUGCCUCGCACGCCACUGGACAGAGCGCUGUCCCAAACAAAGUCCAAGAGGCUGCCCCGAAGGGCCUCGAGGAGAGCCUGCCAGAGAGUGUCCACCCCACUGGCAGCAACCCCAACAGCCAAUCUACAAGCAAGACCCACGCUCUUAACGAUGGCGAGGACUCGGUCGUGCCCAAGAAGAUCCAGGAGAUCGUUCCUGAGUCAGUUGAGCGAGCUCUCCCCAACUCUCUCCACAACACUGGAGACAAGUAA